CCCGCAUUCUCCAAAGCUACCUUUUUUCGUUUCUGACAUUUUUUUAGUCUUCCUCUUCAGGACUUCAUCAACAACAUACAGGUACUUUUGAACACUCUGGUUGUUGUUUACACGUGUUUAACACUUAGUAUGACAUAGUUUUAGGAUUAAGGACUUAAACAUAUAAAGGUUUGGUCAGAAAUCGUAAGAGAUGUAAGCUAGUUCGCUGUACCUAGCCCCGGUCUUGCUGUAAACAUUAGCAAGUUUAUAAUAAUAGGUUACUAAUGAUACAUUCUCGUUUUUUUAGCAUUAUACGCAUUACGUUAGCAUUAUUCUUGUAGUUAUUUUGCUUGCUGGUGGUGUGAAAUAUAUUUUGGUCCCAUCUGAAUCGUCCAUUUGAUGUUUAAAGUUACUGCCUGAAAGUUCGGCUUGAUACUACGUCGGGUUGCUUCUCGGACAAUGCUAGCUAGCGUUAAGCGAAGUUAGCUUAAGGUUCGAUGUCAGUCCUAACCUUGGACCAGCGUUGUGCUAGUUCCUGAAAAAUAAUGACUAGUGACUUUGUAAAAAAGCAACUCAGUUACUCAAACCAACCGCUGCUGCUUUGGUGGCGUGGGUGUGUGGUCGCUGCUGUGAAUCUCGGUCUUGGAUGCUGCGUUACCUUCGCUGCUAACUUUGUCGAAGCAUGCCGCAUCUCUAGGCGCUUCAGUAGAUUGCGGUUGCUGUUGUUCGCCAUAAGAAGGAUUUUUUUUUACCAUAGACACAGUUUACAUGUUACCAAAAGGUUGUUUUUCCAUUUGCCCCCUAGUUGAAAAUAAUGUGAGUAUCUGCAUGAGGAUAAACUUAUCUUACCCUUCUGGCGCUGAAUAAAGUAACGGCGUUACGUUACUAAUCACGCGUUACUUCCCAACACUGCCUUUGACCAUGUAUUUAUUUUAUUGUAUGUGAAUUUCUCAGUCAUAAACGUUCACAGAUUUUCUAUUCUUUUAAUUAUAAAUAUACCCACUUAUUUUUAUUCUUUUCUAACUUUUAUAACUUUCUAACUUUAACAACAACACAAAGCAAGGAUGUGCAGAAAAACUGUCCUCAAUGGAGAUGCAUCAUUUUGGAGUUCUCCCAAAACGCCAAGCCCAUUUCAGAUAUCAAAGCUCGUUUUCUACAUCUUUAUAGAAAAUUUAAAAUUUUGAAUGUGAAUUUCAAAUUCUUAAAAUUAAUUUUCCCACUAAUCUCAAGAAUAAAUAAGCUUUUUUUCAUGUACCAUUGCUUCAUUUAAGAUAAAGUUAUUGUAAAAGUUUUUGACAGAUAAAGUUAUCUGUCAUUGUUUAGCUAAAACUAACUUGUUGUCACAGGAAAACAGCAAAUAAAAUGUAAUUGUCUCAUUAGGGCUUCUAUCUCAAUCAAGGCCUGUUGCUGUUCAAAAUCACUCCUUAAAAUCUUAACAUGUAUGCUGUAAAUGAACAUUAGUGCCAUGCAAAGCCUACACUUCUUUGAAAAGAAAAAAAAAAUAAAGAGCAGACUGCAAAGACACCAAGCCAUCUCUGCAAGCAGAGUAGAGGAAGAUGUAUGGGCAGCUGUUCAGUACUGCCCUGCUCAGUUUCAAAUAUGGGCACGGUAAAAAUGGCAACCUUUGACGUGACUGCAGUAGCUGCUAAAAACAGAACUGACACCAGCAAGAUAGGAGCCCACACCCGCUAGGACAAGCAGGCCUACCCUUCAGCCUGACUUGAUCACAUUGUAGAUUGCUUUUAGAAACAGACUGUUUACCAGCUUUGGGGCCUUAAUCUCGUGUAGUGCUUGUGUUUUAACCAAGUUUGUGUGUCGGUUUCUUCAAAAUGAACAGCAUGGAAAACUUGGAGAAACAGCUGAUUUGUCCGAUAUGCCUGGAAAUGUUUACAAAGCCUGUGGUGAUUCUACCCUGCCAGCACAACCUCUGUAGGAAAUGUGCCAAUGAUGUUUUUCAGGUAAGAAACUGAACAAAUGACGGUGGGUUGUUUUUCCACUGGUGAGGAGCCAAGUUUUUAUCAACUUAAGGACACAGUGCUGUCAUGUACACACUGAUAACUCCUGAAAAGCUUUCUGUCUGGGAAUGUUUUUAUGAUCUUGUCCUACAUGCACUGAAAGCUGAGGAACGUAUAGCAUUACUUCCAUGAGGUUCCCUCAUUUAACACUAAGAACUAUAGACAGAUAAGCUAUUUAUUUCAACUUAUGAUUACAUUUUAAGACUGUUUUUACAAACAUUGUUAAUAUAACAAAUUAUUUACAUCAGAGUAAAAGUUUUGUUUUGUUUUUGAGGACCCAAUUUGGGAGUUAUAGCAGACCACCCCGCUGCUAACAAGGUUGCACUGGGGAUAAUGGAUCUUAAUUGGAAUAACAUUUAGUGACUGUCAAGCCAAACUAUCAAGUUUAAUGGACACAAUAAGUUCAGCUGUUAGGAAUUCCUGUUCUUUCCCAUUUAAUCCAAAUUUUUAAAUGUUAUUGAUUACAGGCCUCAAAUCCAUAUCUUCCAACGAGGGGGGGCUCAUUGACGUCAGGUGGCCGCUUCCGAUGCCCAUCCUGUAGGCAUGAGGUAGUUCUGGACAGACAUGGCGUCUAUGGGCUGCAGAGGAACCUGCUGGUGGAGAAUAUUAUUGACAUGUUCAAACAGGAGUCCACCAGGUGAGGCCAGUCAGAUGGACAGAUGCACUGUCUGUUUGGAGAUAGGCAGCAGGAAGAACUGCAGUCGGGGCCUUACUGCUUGUUGCAUCUGAGUCAGAGAGGGUUUAUGGUUUUAGUCACUUCUAUAUAAAUGAAGGGUCUUUUUUGAGGUGUUGACUAUUACACCCUAGAGGCUUGUUUGACAUUAGAUCAACAGUAUUCAUUCACUCAGCUUCAACUUUACAGUGAGUCAGGGCACUGUGGAGUUAUUGUGGAUGACAAUUUAAGGGAAAAAGAAGAAUAAGGACAAGGGAGUAAUUACAAAAAAUACAUGUCAAACAAACAGAUAUGCACCUGCUGGCGAACCUGUGUACUCUUAUGUAUAAAGGUAUUGAUUUAAGUGCUGACAGUCCCUGUGUGUGUCCAGGCAGGACUGAUAGGUGAUCAAUAAACAAGUGAAAUGUGUACCUCUGACAUUAUCAAACUGACAUUAUACGUCACAUCAAUAUGCACUCAAAUGUACGGUCAUGACAGGAUAAUCUACUGCUCUCUUUUACAACACCUCAACAGCAACAAACCCACCCCCGAGAAGAAGGAAGAGACACCAAUGUGUGAUGUUCACGAGGAAGAGAAGAUCAACAUUUACUGUGUGACCCAUGGCGUGCCCACAUGUUCCAUGUGUAAGGUUUUUGGGGCUCACAAAGACUGUGAAGUGGCACCCAUCACGAGUAUCUUCCAGACAAAGAAGGUGAGGCCUCAAAUGCUCAUGGUUGUCAUCAAUACUUAUAAUAGAUAGCUAGAGAGACAGAUAGAUCCAUUUUUGUUUGACACGCAAAAUGUGUGAAGUCUUAACAUCAUUUUUUUUAUUUAUGACUGUGUAUCAACAUCCAAAAUGGGUGAACUUAUUUUUCUUGCAUUCUGACCUGAUCACACCAUCGUGUUGUAUAGGACUGACUAUAUCUGAGUGAAAUAAACAUAUUUUUUCCACCAGCAGAUUAUUACAGAAUAAAGUAAAAGUUGAGUACACUUGAAUUCAAGCUCCAAAUAUAAAGCUGUGUUUUUGUUAUGAAGUUAAACUUCACACAGUUAUCCUAAUGUUUUUGGUCUUUGUCUGUCAGCCUAGUUUUUAUGAAAUGAGAUCACUCAAUGUCAUUCAUGUAAACUCUGUAAUGACAGAUUUUUGUAAUAAGAAAUGUGUAAGUUAAAGCAGCUUUUCCUUAUGUGUAAAGGGUGAAUACUGGGUGUAACAUCCCUUGGUUUAACACCUCUCUUUCACGCCUUUGCUCAUAUCAUCCCUGGUCGAUCUUCCUGACAUUACCUGUCAACCUACACCUGUCCUGUCAGUUAAUUGCAAACACAAAAAAAAUCUCCUUUCAUCAAAAGAAUCAUGAUGCAUCAUCUAGCCAUGUUCCUGGUAAACUCUGACUUGAAUACGAUUUCUAUUGUUGAUUCUAUUGCCAGGACACUGUUGAAAUGUUGCUUUUUUCAACGUGUUUUGAUUGUAGGUAUUGAUGUUACAGUUGGAUUUAGAGUUUGUCUUAAAAAACGACACCAGUGGUAAAUAUCAAGCAAUGCUACAAAGUACAUAUUAUGAGUUAAAACAUAUCUAAGUCAAAGAGUGAAAAGUGGAAUCUGUUGUAAAUAUGGAUAUUCUCCCCUCAGAUUCAUGUAUAAUCACUUUUUAUUUCCUCAGACCUGAAUCACAGUUAGUCUCAGAUAUUAACUCUGACACGUCCUUGUACACAGUCCGAGCUGAGUGACGGGAUCGCAAUGAUGGUCGGCAACAACGACAGGAUUCAGGGCAUUAUCAGUCAGCUGGAAGAAGCCUGCCGUACCAUAGAGGUCAGUGUCCCACUGCUACUACAUCAUCUGGCUGUUUACUCACACAAAUUUACCUGUACUCACCUGAAAAGAUGAACAUACAAAUGCACAGUGUCCUUGUUGCUGCCACUCUCUCUGUUUUGAUCUGUCUGUGAGAUCCAGACACUGAGGAGGAAAAAGGAAAAUGAAUGCUUUUUUGCCUCAGGCUGUUUUUCUCUCUCUUGUCAACAUUGUAGGAGCAUGAUCUUCUUCAUGGUCUUAGCAGGUUUCUCCAUGCUGCCUCCUGCCUGGAAACAUUAAAAACUAGAAGAGUAACUGAUGGCGAGGGGGCAGACAGCUUUCCUGUGGUUCUCAUGUCACAUUCAAACUGUAAAGAGGAAGCUGGAGCAGCUCCAGGUCUGAUGGUUUCCCCCUCAGUGGCGUCAUUCAGGACAGAGAAGCAGAACGGGUUUUUGUGUCCUCCCUGCACAUAUGGUGCUACCGGAAGAGCGGAGGACAAACUAACAAGAACAUUUGCAGUAUUAACACAAUCUUAGACAGAAAAGAACAACUUUCCUCUCAUUUUCUAUGAUAUGAUAUGUGCUUUUGAAUAUUCUAAACUCCCUGAUACCCAAGAGUUACGUCUACAUACAUUUUUCACCCAAAGGGCCGUAAUGAAAGAUUAAUACAGCCGGACUCUCAGAAUUUCUAAUGUGUUUCCUUCUGCUUAUCACUCAUGCAUGUACAGGAAAAUGGCAGGAGGCAGAAGAACCUGGUGUGUGAGAAGUUCGACCAGCUGUACUCCAUCCUGGAAGAGAAGAAGAAGGAGAUGAAUCAGAAGGUGACAGCCGAACAGGAAGAGAAGUUGAACUAUAUCAGGGGCCUGACCAGGAAGUAUGGAGACCACCUGGAGGAAAGCUGCAAGAUCGUGGAGAAGGGGAUCCAGACUAUGGAGGAGCCGGAAAUGGCCAUGUUUCUGGAGGUCAGAAUCAACAUGAAACAGGGUCAAGAAAAUCUGAAACAAAUUCAACAUCAAUCUGUAGGAGAUCAUCAUAGUUUUCAAACGUAGAGCAUUGUAUGACAUUAGAGAAACAUGGAGAAGUUAAACAGAUAGUUGAGAAAGAACUGUGAGAAAAGAAAAGACGCUGAGUGAAUGCACAAAUUAAGACUUCAAAUUUUCCCAUCAUUAGUUCGCUAAAAACUGGACAACAAACUUUGUUGACUCCAUGAAACUGCUGUUCUUAUUUACUCUAGUGGCAUAUGCAACUGUUUUAGAUGUAAUGUUACAGCUGCAGUCUGGACUGCGUCAAAGGGAGCAGAAUGAGGAUAAUAAACAUGAAUACCAUCUUCUCAGUCUGUAUCAUUACGUGAUUAAUAACGCUCAUUAUUAUUAUUUUUUUUGUGUAAAAUUAAACAUGAAGGUAAAUUGUCCCAUACCCUUUUCCCUCACAGAAACCCAAAACUGUGUGCUCAGUCACUUUUCCCAGAGCAGGUUAGGAGUUCAUCCUAAGUUACCAUAGUGAUAGACUGAUGAGACAAGAAAUAAAGUACCAGGAGCUGCCUUAAGUUACCUUGAUAUCUGCAAAUCCUGCUCUGUAGCAUACUCAAAAAAAAAAAAAGUAAUUGAUUAAUGAAUAACAGUAUCAGCUAAUGGUUUGAUUGGCCCAAAAUUAUUGAACCUGUUAAAGUUAUUGAAAUUAUAGCGAUUACAACAAACAUGAUUGUUUUUUUUUGUCUUUUUCAGAACACAAAGCCUCUCCUCAAAAAGUGAGUACACAUUGUGACGUAUCACUUAACGACCUAAACUGAUGAAUUUAAGUAGAAAUACAGUUUAUUUCAAAAACUGUCCUCUUGCUGUGUCUACUCUUGCGUAUGAUUGUGCACAUUUGGACCUGCAACCAUGAAGUGAACUAAAACAAAAAUCACAUCUACUCUGUGGAAGCUGUCAGAAAUAACUUUAUAAAACUGAAUGAAUGUCUUCAGGUGUGUAAUGUGCUCGGUGUCACAGACUGAUGGCGUGUUUAUCAUGUGUUACAUUGCCUAACAUUGUUGUUUUUUCCGAUCAAUAUAAGAGCUUCUCUUCCGUUCCCAGGAUUGCAGACGCCUCAAGUAUUUCACACUUGGACAAAGUUGAGCGUGGUUAUGAGAAUAUGGAUCAUUACAACACCAACUUCAAGAAGGAGAGAAAGGCCUUGUGCAGCAUCAACUUCAUCCAUGGUGACAGAACGCUGUCGGUGAUGGGAACAUUUGUUCUACUUCCGUCUCAUCGGGAUCCUAACUGUCAUUUCCGUUUCUGUUUUUCUACAGAUGAUGACGACGAGGAUGAAGAGGAUGAGGAUGGUGAAGCAGGCACAGAGGAAGCAGAGGGAGCGCAUACUGUUGCAGGAGGCAGUGCUGUUGCAUCCACCUCUGUCCAACCUUCUGCCCCCCAGCAGACCAACUCCUCCCCCAGCACAGCCAAGAGCACAGCCUCGACCUAGCUGUCAUCCACCCGCCCAGACUGAACCUUAACUUGAGCAGGAUAAGUUUCGCGCCGACUAGAUGUUGAUUUCAGGUCAGUUGUGACACGUCUGCUCCCAGAUCGGGGAAGCACUGAGACAGAUUUAGAUCUGUGCCGAAGGGAAAGUUUGAGUUGCUGAGGUAUAUCUAAAGAAAGAGGCAGAAAUUUCACUUCUCUUCUGCCGCUUUUAUUGAGAUUGUGUUAGUUUGCGUCACCGCCUACCAAAGAGUCUCUCUCUCUUUUUUUUUUUGGGCAGGUUACAAAUUUUGUUUUCCAUUUUUGUUUGUCACAUUUAAUGUUAGCAGAAUGUCCAAAGCAUAUUUUCACAUAUGUUCAUACAUUUUUUAUCGAACUGACCUUUCACAAAUCACUGCUUAAACUACAUCAUUAACAUCAUUACAAGGUUUUCCUGCCUGUCGUAUACUUUUUUAUGACCAAUAUAACAUUAUGAGGAGGGCAGCCGAGUACUAAACUAUCACAGUGACAUUUUAUAUAUUCAUGUAUUCAUCAGUUUUCAUUAUGUGCCAUUUUCUUUGUUGUGUAAUGCAGGUGUAUUUUCCUAUAAUGGACAAAAGAUCACGUUUUUCCCCUACUAUGGUAUGUUUUGUAAUAUGGG